GAACGACAUCAACUCACUCAACAGUCAAGACUCAACAACAAGUGAUAAUAAAUGUGUUUAAUCUAAUCAUUAGUUUGCCAUUUGGUGGUAUCUCAAAUCUUUGAUUCUUUGCUCAUUGGUCCGAUAUCCCUUUGUCCUACCGUCCCCACUGCAUACUAAAACCCUUUCACAUUUACUGUUACACGCGAAACCAAGAUAUCAACCAUAUCUUAUGCCUGACAGCAUUACUUGAAAGCCAACCUUACACGUCUUUUAUCCAUAAAUCCCCUUUUGCUCUUUUCGACUUUAAAUCAAAUUCGGUAUUUUCGCUGAAAGCCGUGAAGCUACGAACUCAUGAGUGUGUCGAGUCUUGCACACCCAACAUUUCACACAAUGGUGGACGACAGCAUGGAGAUAGCUUCUGAGCACGGGCACAAUACAGCCGAGGAAGACAUCGAUAUCGAUAUCGACCUCACUACUGGCAAUGUUGACGAAGAUGAUAUUCUAGAUGAUAUCGAUGCAGAUGCAGAUGCAGACUUCGAUACCAAUAUUACCGAUGUACCCGCACAUGUCGAGACGGACGAUCUGAUGGUCGACGAUGACGGUGAUGAUGCAUCAUACCAUAUGGAAGAUGCAGAAUUAUUGGAGGAGGAAGCAGUUGAUCACAUCAUGGAACAGGAACCAGCUGUUUUGUCGUUUGCAACCGAUGAAACUUCCGAUGCUUCCUUCACUGAGCUACACGCCACAGAGUCAAAUUUUGUGGAUACUGGAAUUCCUGAUCAAUUUUGGGACGUUCCCGAAGAGGUACAAGAGCCAAAUGAAGUUGCAGAUGCGCAAGACAUAGAAGUAAAUAUACAUGGCUCAGAAACCGUAGUCGACAAUAGUACCGAUAGUACAAAUAAUUCAGAUUCCAAGGAACCUAAGGAGCUUGCACCUAUUUCAUCUCCUCAUCCGCCCACUGAUGAAGACCCACAAUCUAAUAGCCCAUCAAACCCCAGCUACGAUGGCCCUACUCAAGAAGAGCUUGAUGGCAAUGUUAAUGAGCCAGCAAAUUCCGUCGAGGCAAUUGUUUCCAAAACACAUGCGGAGGAUGGGGAACAACUUGGCUUGAGCACUGAAUCCGCUGAGAGCGACCCAAUCAAUCUCAAUUCACAUACCGAAGGACAAGAACAAGAACAUCCAGAUCUGAACACAGUCUCUGCGGAAAGUGGCUUGAUCGAUCCCAACAAUGCUACACUCGAGUCUACGAAAGAUUCGGAGAAUCAAUAUCAUGCCCAUGGAAUAGUAGUCAAAUACAAUAACCGAAAUUACCCAUUGAUUAGGAAGUCUUCCACAGAUCAUCCUAACGAUUUUUUCUUCGAAGAUUCAUCCGUAGUUGAGAAAUCGUUGAAUGAGUUUUGUUCCGAAAUUCGUAAAGUCCUCGCAGAGGAGAAUUUGCCCCAAGACGACAAGAUUAGCCUGGUUAUCGAGGAGCUUCAGUUAGUGAUUGAAGAGACGCAACUCACAAGUUAUCCUCCUGACUUGAGCUUAGGCCAAAUCAUUCGCCUAUAUGAACAACUAGUCAACAAUGACGGCGCUGGAGAAAUUCCCCCUUUGAAUCUGAGACUCGUUAUCCAGCCUACUGGUCCUGAUAGAUUUCUAGCACUCACAAAAGGGGCCGCUGAGGGCAAGGGACUACUUGACUAUGUGACUUGGGAUGCCGAAAGUGAAGAUGAUCCGACCGAAUUCGGAGAGCAGACGGAACAUUAUGACAGCGAAUCUUCCCCCGACGAGUACAAUACCGAGCUCGAGGAUGGAGAUAAGUCUAUCAAAGCUAUUGAUAUACACGUCGAGAACCGCGACCCUGGUUUCAAUCAUGCCCAACCAAAUCAAAACGUAAAUUCUACAACUUCAGCCAGUGCUGAAACUUCCCAAGGGAAGCAGGAGGAUAAGCGAGGAGAGGUUGGACAUCAAGAGCCAGUACCUGCAACGGAUCGUAGAUCACCCGAAACCUCGGAACAAGCCAAUAACGAACCUGAAGAAGAAGAAGAAGAAGAAGGGGACUUUAUCGAUUAUGAAUAUGAAGAAGACGCAGAGAAACUCCCUGGCGAUGGAGCUCUGAAGUCCGAACCGCCUGAGACUGAUGAAAGCAGGCUGCACAACGAAGAAGAGUCUCCUCGAAAGUCAGUCUCCAACAAAACAGAGAACGCAUCUGUUGAAUUAGACGAUCAACUUGGCGACGAAACGACCCAUACUGAUGAAGCUGCACAACCCAAGGAGAUAUUUCACGACGCAGAAAGCGACAUUGACUAUGAAGAAGAGAACGCUGAUAAUAACUUCAACAGCGAGGAAGAAGAUAGAGCAGUACUAAAGGAUAUCGAAAAUGCCGAAGAUGAGAUCGACUUGAACGCCACCAAUGACGAGGACCGUGAGUAUGCCUCGUACGAAGAUAACAACGAAAACGAACAAACCGAAGAUGACAAAGGCCUUGAGUCAGCAGAUAAUAAACCAGAAGUACCUUGCGAUGUUAAUGAAAUCGAACAGAAUGGAGACAGCGAAGGUUUAGAUCUUGCGGAUCACACUCUGGAAAUAAAUAACGUGGAAAUUAGUUAUGACGACGAUCUUGCAGAUGGACAGGAGCAGAAUUUGGAGGGAGAUGAUUUUGAUUUAGGCGUUGGCGACGAAGAAACCCAGUUCCUCCAAAACUACCAAUUGGACGAUGACGACACUUUCCAAGACAACGAACUCCUGAAUAUUUCUGUGGGCGAGGUUAUCUCCAUUACCAACGCUACCUUUGAUGACACAGCAGCCGAGACAGACAGCGCCACGUUAAGCAAUGCUUCGGUCGCCGAACCCCAGGCAACAAAUCUUAACCUCGACAAUGGACAAGACCAAGAAGACGAGAUCGAUUACGAUGAAGAUGAAAAUGAAGAGAAUCACCCAUCUCUAGUGGUUGCUCCUCAACCUCCAACUCCAAAGUCGAAUGGGUCACCCAUUUCGACCUCAGGAAAGAGGCCCAGAGCUGAUGCAGACUUCGAAGAUGGCGAUGAAUUGAUUAUCAAUGAAGCUAAGCGAGUUCGUUCAUGAUUUCAACAUGCCAUCGCAAUUCUUAUUUGGUUCAUACGGCAUUUCUACUUGACCUUGUCCAGUGUUUACCAUUUCGAUUAUGUUCGCUUCUUCAACGUCUUCGAAGUUUUUCUAUCGACUCUGUUUGACGACUGACAGAUAAGGUAUUCAACAACAAAUUGGUGAUUUGUGACAGCCUCGACACGUGAGCCGUUCGCAGAGAGAAAGACUUCAAACGACAUUUUCAUUAGGUAGGUCUUUAUAGGUAUGAUGAUGUUAACCCCUUCUAAUAUUUCUCCCACCCCCUAAUUCCCCCCUAUUCAUGUGAUACUAUUCAACUUCGCUCUCAAAUUUCUAGCAACUGGUUCUAUUGCAUACAAAGUGCAGUUUAGUGGCCGUGGUGGGAUUUCUAGGACAUCAAAAUUUGGGGAAUAUUUGCGAGGGAUUUUCUAUGGAGUCGGGGGCUUACAAGAUAUGUAUAUGCGCGAUACCCCUCGAUACAAGAUAGUUUGGGUUUCGUUGGUAUGCCAUUUUCAUGGAAAGCAUAUGGAUAGAAGAUGACUGUGGACUUAUGAGCGGUUGCUGUUUGCUUUGUGAGGGAUCUCGAAAUUUGGCUAUCUAGUCCGUAGGUGGUAGAAGUUUCUGUUGCAAAAUAAAAGCAUGUUUAUAUAAUCCAAACUUCAAAAUUUCACGUUCUGACCUUGGGGGCCAUGGGGGUGUCUUCGUGUGCACACAACCAAUCAAUCGAUCUGGACAUACAAAUGUGAUGAAUAUUUCCAUUGCCGGCAUUUGACUCGGGGAUUGAAACGGAAUUCGUUGUUCGAAUUUAUUAGCUUGGACAUUGAGAAUUUUAAAUAUUCUAAUCUUCCGACUUGAUUGGAAGAUGGAAACUGUCGAAACUGUCAAAACUUUUCAUCGGGGUACGUAUAUACAGAGAACGGCACAGCUCGUAUUGUCAGAUCCUUCAUAUGCAGUUCCAAUGGCUUUUAUUAAUCCCAAGAGGCCAGUCAAGCCAUGACUUUGUAAAUUGUAAUGGACA